AUGAAAUACUUUAGUGCCUUGCAACGUGAGAAAACGGGAGAAAAUCUCAACGAACGAUCAACAAUCCCUUCCUUAGUUUCCUUAACUUUAUGGUAUUCGGGUCUAUCUCUCGUUGAAGUUAUCGCUAUUUCAAUUGAAGAUUGCCUCUUUAAUCAAGCAUUUGCUGGUGAUCAAAUAACUCUAACAUUGACAGGAUGUAAUGCAACUAAUAUUGCCUCGGGUGAUAUAUUAUGUGAUAUAUCUGUUCCAUCACCUGUUACAACUCGUUUCCAGGCCAAAGUCGUAGUUUUUGCUAAUGUUCAGAUUCCAUUAACAAGGGGUUUUCAAGUUGUGUUACAUUGUAAAAAUUUGCAGAAACAAGCGACAAUCAGUAAAUUGAUUUCACAAUUGGACAAAAGCACUGGACGAGUGACCAAAACAAAGCCUCGAUGUUUAGCAGCAAAUUCAAGUGGAAUCGUCGAAAUCGAAACAUCCAAACCGAUUUCCAUUGAACUUUAUUCAGAAUACAAAGAUCUCGGACGAAUUAUGCUUCGGUAUCGAGGAGCUACUGUGGCCGCUGGUUUGGUUAUCGAUCAAUUCUAA